AUGACUACUAAUUCGUCGAGUGGAGAAGGGGGAUAUUGUGAUGAGGAUAGCGAAGUGUUUGAAAUCAACGAUUUCACUGUGAUCACAUCGUUGGAAAGCUUCAUCGUUGGCUUGGAAGCAGCAAUGUAUUCUUGGGGUGUGGAGAAGAAAUCGUCUAGCAACAACCGCUUUACAAUCAACAAAAGUUUGAUUGCACAAUGUGAAUGGGAUUCGAAGUCUGUUAAAGUUAUAUUCGGUGAUAAUAAUGCCCUAAAGCUGUCUUAUUAUUGGCCAAAAAACUUGGAACGUAUUGUUGAAGAACCGCGUAAAUCCAUAUCUGAGGAUCCACCAUCAUCAACUGGUAACACUUCGAAUGGCGACUACAUGUCGAAUGCGGCAAAACUUUUAUUAGCCACCGAACUAGAUUUUUGUCCUGGUUCGAUCAUCACUAAUCAGUUUGGUGUGUUGGAGUUUUUAUUGUUGACACCAUUCGAUUGGUCGACAGAUAAAGUGGUGAAUGAAAAUCAGUUGAAUACAAUCUUAUCGGCUGUGAACAUAGCACUCACCACUACUGAAUGUAUUGAGAUGAAUUUGGUUGAAUGUUGUUUCAGCGAAUUACCAGUGUUCGUGCAGUAUGGAGAUUUAGAUCGACAGUUAUAUUUUGGUGUUUGUCAAAAUCAUUCAGUACGAACGUACUUUGAUUCGGUUCAUUUGAGACGUUUACAAUCGAUUCACAGUCAUCUUUCGGGCUUGAUUGAGCUCUUCGUCGAUAAAGUGAAAUGUUCCCUUAUGGAUACACAUACAAUUCGUGUAUCCAUUCAAAUCGACUAUAAGUUACAGGAAGCAUUGGACGUCAAUAGUGCACAAGCGUGGUCAUCGUAUGCGCUGAUCGAUCGAAUGGUCACCCCGAAUGAACUUUUCGUAGGCAAUAUUCCACGUUUGCCGUUUGGUGCCGAAUCAGAUAUACUCGAGGUCUUUAAUUUACAUGCGAUAUGGCCAAAUUUGAGACAAGAAACGCUGAACGAGAAUGACGUUUAUUCGGAUCUCGACCCAUUAACAGCACCAUUUUGGUGUGCCUCAGCAUCGUUUCAAGACGGCACCGCUUGCUUGAUGAAUUUGGCCCUCAAAACUUUAUUCGAUACGGCAUCAGGGAGGGAAGGCCGCCUCCACUUAUCGGGUGUUUUGGGUGUGGGUGCCGACGGCAACUCGUUAUCUGCUGAAUCAGCGCUGUCCUCGAUUACCGAACCACGAAGUCUUUCGAUCACGAAUCCAGCUGGAUUGGUCGAUGAAGUUCUUGCGAUAUCAAAGAACGAUCUGACUCGUUGGAUCAACGCAAUUUUCACGAACGGCAGUGAAUCGUCGCUAGAAGAUGAGGAAAUGCAAUCACCAUCGAGUAGAAUGACACCGCCCAUCGCGAACGAUCGUAAAGCAACUGCACCAGGUGAAGCAGUCAAAGAACAGUCGCCGUCUGUUGAAGUACCGAAAAUCAGUCGUUUGGAAAAUGAUGAUGAAGUCGAUAGAAUGAAGUGGAUUUACAACAAAUGCAUGGCUACGUUGAGUCAUUCGAAAGCAGCACCUAUGGAUAGUCUGGCAAGUCGUAUCUCGACGGCAUUGGUCUACAUACUCUGCUAUCAUGAGGGUGGAACGACUGCUUUUGCACAGCUUUGGAAUGAAGUCAUUUUGGAACUUCGAAGACGAUGGAUGUGCGGCGAAACAUUGCCUGGUAUGGAUUCAGAGACGAUCCCCGACUUAUCGCAAUCAUAUUUACAACAAAAACUACAAAUGCUUCAAAGUUGUAUCAACGCACGUGCACGCCAUCAUAAACUCUUGGACGACAACGUAUCCUCAUCGGAUAUUUCGAGUGAGUGUCAUUUAUUUCAUUUGUGA